UGUUCAGUGAAAUGUAGGUGGAGCUUUUUCCUUCAGCGCCUGUCUGGAUCACAAAGCUGCUCGCUGUCUUUGUCUUUCUUCCUUUCUCUUUUUCACACACACACAUAUAUACACACACACACUUUUCAUAAACCUUUAUUAAACUACUGUUUUUCCCAGGCUGCUGAAGCAAAUAGUAGGAAGACUUUUUUGCUUAUCUGUCAAACCACUAAAGAAGACCCAAACAAGAUGGUUCAGUAUGGUCUGGACUAUACACGCUGCAGAUGGAUCAUGCCUCUUCUUCUGGGCUUAGCAAUGAUCUUUGGUAUCAUUGCACUGGUUGGUUGGGGCUGGGUAAACUCAGAAACCCGACCGUUUAUGCAACAAGGCUCGUUAUGGAGAUUAUGUACUGAACGAGAAGAAUGGGAAUGCAUAUCGCUCAUGGAUUUUGCCUGGGGUAAGGCUGCAGCGGCCACUUUCUUUGUUGGAUUUGUAAUCAUAGUGAUCUGUUUUGCCCUGGCCAUCAUUGCAUUUGCCAUCCCGACGCUUCGCUUCAACUUCAUCAGAGGCAUCGGAGGCCUGUGUUUUGUUGCGGCUGUAUUCUCUCUCAUGGGCCUUGUCAUCUACGCUGUAAUGGUCUCAAAAUAUUUACGUGAAAAUUACCCAGGAGGUAUAAGGAAUGAGCUCAGCUGGUCCUAUGGCUUUGGGUGGACCAUGUGUCUUAUGGGUAUAGGUCUGGGAUUCUUCCUUUGCUGCCUCCCCCUGUAUGAAGAUCAUAUUUUGGGAAAUGUCAAACCUUAUUAUGCAUAACUUCUAGGAAGAGCAACAGAGUCAUGUUAUUGAUUUCCUAAACUUUUGCAUGCCGGUUAUGUGCAGACUAAAAUAUCCCUCAGCCUCCACCACCACCUUAGCCAAACACUGAAGCAGUAGAGGGGCUUAACAGCUUUUAAAAACACAUUGAAAAAUAUGCCAAAGUGUUAAAAACAAUACGUUAUUUUUCCUUUUUGGUUUGAUGUAGAAUAGUUAGAUUUUUAAAUAAACCUUUUUGGUUCCUAGGAAGAACCAAAAUUUUUUACCUUUCCUGUUUAACGGGCAGGUUAUAGUGUAAUUGCCUUUCUGUGGCAGAGUAGACCAAUCAAGCAUUCACUAAUCAACUGGUGUGAUUGAAGACUUACAUAUUAAAUUGUGCAUACUUAAAUGAAUCUGAUCUGUUCCUAUUGAAAGGGAAUUUGGUUCCCAUUGUGGUUGAGAACAGUCCACAUACAUCCUUUUGUUUUAACCAGUGGAUUUUUAAUAAUUUGUCGAAAAAGAAAUUGUCAGUGGUAGCAUUAUUAAGCGAAGGUAACCUGGCAACUUAAUGGAAAUCCUAA